AUGUCCCAGACUGACUCCAACCAUGAAGAGUUAUCUUUCCAAGACUUUGUCACUAAUUACUUGGAACGAGGAUUGGUUAGGAAACUUAAUGUCAUCAACAAGUUCGCCGUCGAAGCUGAACUUGUUUCUGGUGCUGUCAGUUUACAUGGCGGCCAACCUGUACCAAAGGUUGUAUUUACCAUCGGAUCUAUUGAAUAUUUCGAAGACGAAUUGAAUAAAGUUCAAGACAGAUUGAACAUUCCUUUGAAUGAACGUAUUCCUGUUGUGUAUGAAGAAAGAACAUCGUGGUUACUGUACCUUAUGCCGAUCUUGCCAACCAUGCUCUUGAUUGGUGGGUUAUAUUACUUGACCACCAGGAGAGUGCAAGCACCAGGAGGAAGAGGUUCUGGUUCUGGUCCUUUUGGGUUUGGAAAGUCUACAGCCAAGUUAUUCAAUCAAGAAACUGAUGUUAAGAUUAAGUUCAAGGAUGUUGCUGGAUGUGACGAAUCUAAGGAAGAAAUUAUGGAAUUUGUCAAAUUUUUACAAGACCCCCAGAAGUAUGAAAAAUUAGGUGCAAAAAUCCCCAGAGGGGCUAUCUUGUCUGGUCCUCCUGGUACUGGUAAAACUCUUUUAGCCAAGGCCACUGCUGGUGAAGCUGGAGUACCAUUCCUUAGUGUCUCCGGUUCUGAGUUUGUGGAAAUGUUUGUCGGUGUAGGUGCCUCUCGUGUGCGUGAUUUAUUCAAGACUGCCCGAGAAAUGGCCCCUGCUAUUAUCUUUGUUGAUGAAAUCGAUGCCAUUGGUAAAGAAAGAGGUGGUGGUAAGUUCGGUGGUGGAGGUAACGAUGAACGUGAAGCUACAUUGAAUCAAUUAUUAGUUGAAAUGGAUGGGUUCUCAAGUUCGGAUCAUAUUGUUGUUAUUGCCGGUACUAAUCGUCCUGACGUGUUAGAUAAAGCUUUACUUAGACCUGGUAGAUUUGAUCGUCAUAUUUCAAUUGACGUUCCUGAUGUUGAAGGACGUAAAGAGAUUUUCAAGGUUCAUUUAGCCAAGUUGAAAUUGAAAGCAAUUGAAGAUAUCAAUAUCAAUGAAAAGUCAAUUGAUUUUGACAAGUACCAAGCCAUGAAGGACAGCAAGAUUGAAAAUUUAGCUGGAAGGUUAGCAGCAUUGACUCCUGGUUUUGCCGGAGCUGAUAUUGCCAAUGUUUGUAACGAAGGGGCCUUAAUUGCCGCAAGAGAAGAUUCUCCUUCUGUGGAAACUUAUCAUUUUGAACAAGCAAUUGAAAGAGUCAUUGCUGGGUUAGAAAAGAAAUCAAGAAUGUUGACAUUGGAGGAAAAGAAGACCGUGUCUUAUCAUGAAGCUGGACAUGCCAUUUGUGGGUGGUACCUUGAAUUUGCUGAUCCAUUAGUUAAGGUAUCUAUUAUACCUCGUGGUCAAGGUGCUUUGGGUUAUGCUCAAUACUUGCCAAAGGAUCAAUAUUUAACCAGCAAGGAACAAUAUAACCACCAAAUGAUUAUGGCUUUGGGUGGACGUGUCAGUGAAGAAUUACAUUUCGAUACUGUUACUUCAGGUGCUUCUGAUGAUUUCAAAAAGGUUACUCAAAUGGCCCAACUGAUGAUUUUGAAAUUAGGAAUGUCAGAACGUUUGGGUAAGAUUAAUUAUGAUGAAGAUAGUGAACGUACAAUCCAUCAUUUGUAUUCCGAAGAAACUGCCCAAAUAAUCGAUGAAGAAGUGAAGCGUUUGAUUGAUGAAGCCUACCAAAAGUGUCACGAUUUAUUAUCUUCCAAGCUUGAUUUGGUGGAUAAAGUAGCCAAGGAAUUAUACAAAAAGGAAGUGUUAACAAGAGAAGAUAUGAUCAGAUUAUGUGGUCCACGCCCAUUCCCAGAUAGGAACGAUGCAUUUGAUAAAUAUAUCAAGGGUGGAGAAGAUCCGUUCAAAAAGAGAAAACCAACAGAUCAAGUAUAA